AUGGCGCCCCAUUCCCCCGUGGCCUGCAAGGCAGGGCCCGGCACCCGCGCACCGCGGCAGCCCCGGGCCGCCCGGGAUAACUGGGUAGUUAAAAUCCCCCAGCACCACCAGAUCCUGUCCCAAGGCCACUUGGAGAGCAGCAUCUCCGUGGAGGUGGCCAGCAAUGCCAGCGUCAUCCUUGAGGGCAAGGACCUGCGCUUCUCCUGCAGCGUCCGCAUGGCAGGCAGGCUGCAGGGUCGCUUCUCUGUCAUCUGGCAGCUUGUGGACAGGCAGAACCGCCGCAGCAAUAUCAUGUGGCUAGACCGGGAUGGCACCGUGCAGCCAGGCUCGUCCUACUGGGAGCGCAGCAGCUUUGGGAGCGUCCAGAUGGAGCAGGUGCAGCCCAACUCAUUCAGCCUGGGCAUCUUCAACAGCAGGAAGGAGGACGAGGGCCAGUAUGAAUGCCAUGUGACUGAAUGGGUGCGGGUGGUGGAUGGCGAGUGGCAGAUUGUUGGGGAGCGCCGGGCCAGCACUCCCAUCUCCAUCAUAGCUCUUGAAAUGGGCUUCGCAGUCACAGCCAUCUCCCGGACACCGGGGGUGACCUACAGCGACUCCUUUGACUUGCAGUGUAUCAUCAAACCCCACUACCCUGCCCAGGUCCCCGUGUCAGUGACAUGGCGGUUCCAGCCGGUGGGCACGGUGGAGUUCCAUGACUUGGUGACCUUCACCCGGGACGGAGGGGUCCAGUGGGGGAACAGGUCCUCCAGCUUCCGAACCCGAACUGCCACCGAGAAGGCUGAGUCCAGCAACAACGUCCGCCUAAGCAUCAGCCGAGCCAGUGACACGGAAGCAGGCAAGUACCAGUGUGUGGCAGAGCUGUGGCGGAAGAACUACAACAACACCUGGACACAACUGGCAGAGAGGACCUCCAGCCUGCUGGUGAUCAGGCUGCUGCAGCCAGUGACAAAGCUGCAGGUGAGCAAAUCGAAGAGGACCCUCACCCUGGUGGAAAACAAGCCCAUUCAGCUGAACUGCUCAGUCAAGUCUCAGACCAGCCAGAACUCCCACUUUGCGGUGCUCUGGUACGUCCACAAGCCCUCAGAUGCCAACGGCAAGCUUAUCCUGAAGACUACCCACAACUCCGCCUUCGAAUACGGUACUUACGCGGAGGAGGAGGGCCUGAGAGCCAGGCUCCAGUUUGAGAGGCAUGUGUCGGGGGGCCUGUUCAGCCUCACCUUCCAGAGAGCCGAGGUCAGCGACAGCGGCAGCUACUACUGCCACUUGGAGGAGUGGCUGCUGAGCCCCAACUACGCCUGGUACAAGCUGGCAGAGGAGGUUUCUGGGCGCACAGAAGUCACUGUGAAACAGCCAGCGGGUGCAGCCCAGAACUGUCUUCUGAGGAAGAGGUGCUCUCCUGGGCCCCCACUGUCCCCAGGCCUCAGCAAGGCAAGUGAGGUGCUGCCGUCAUCCAGGCUGGACAGUUCAGUGAUUUGCCUGAGGCCCCACAGCAGAGUUCAACUGGAGACAGAGAAACCAGCCGGAGGAGAACGAGAAGGCUGCCUGAUCAGAGAGUCUCUGAAGAUCCUGUGGCUGCAGGCUUCAGCAGAGUGUGAGGGAGACCCCAGUUAUUUCCUCAGGUGUUUCCACCAAAUCCUCCUGUCUUUUGUGGCCAACACCCCAGGCAAGUCUUGGGGUCCCCGUCUGCUGCUGGACGGUAAGUCCUGUCCCCGUGGCAGUGAAUCUGUGGGGUGUUCUGAUUGUGGGCACUAUGGAAGCUAA